AUGGCUAAUAAUGACAAUGAUGAUGAUGCUCCUCAAGUAUAUCUCUUAGGUAAAACGUAUUUAGCAAACAAUCAAGGUCAGUUUUAUAUUCGAAAUGAUCCCAUUGUUCACAUGGCCGCUGGAGAUCGACAUACGAUUAUUGUAACGGAAACUGGCCGGGCAUUUGCUUUUGGUGAUAAUACUUCAGGUCAAUUGGGUCUUGGUCAUACGGAUAAAAUUGAAAAAGUGUCGUGUAUAAAAAGUUUAAAAUUUACAGGCACAGAUGAGAGAAUCGUUUUAGCUGCUUGUGGUCGUGAAUCUUCACUUGUAGCAACAAAUCACGGUGCAUUGUACGCAUUUGGUUCGAAUAGUCGUUCGCAAUUAGGAUUCGACACAUCUGAUCCCGCAUCGAUUCAAUCUCAACCAAAGAAAAUUGAUCGCUUCAAAAACAAAAUCGUUUGGAAACAAAUAUCGAUGGGUGCUGAACAUGCAUGUGCAUUAAACGAAGAUGGCAUUGUCUAUGUUUGGGGUGCUAAUGAUGAUGGUCAAUGUGGACAGCCACGUAAAGAUGAUGAAAUUAAAGUGCCGAAAGAACUUCGAUUGGACCAUCCCAUCGCUGCUAUAUCAUGCGGAAAUUAUCAUACGGCAUUAGUUACUAAAGAUGGAAAGUUAUUCGUUUUCGGAAAUAAUGAUGAUAGACAAUUAGGACGAUCAGUACCCGAUUCAGCUGUCGGACCACUGCAAGUAUCCUUUACACACAAAGUAAAGGAUGUUGCCUGUGGACAUCAGCAUACAGUAGUAUUAAUGGAAAAUGGUGAAGUAUAUUCAUGUGGAAGUAAUGAUCGCGGUCAACUUGGUCUCGGUCCUUCAGUUGCAUCAGCCGAAUCUUUCGAACUAGUUCCAGGUUUGCCAAAGGGUAUUCAAGCAAUCGCUGCUGGUGAAGGACAUACAGCAGUUCUUGGUCCUCGGGGUGAUAUUUAUGUAUUUGGCGAUGGAAAACAUGGAAAAUUAGGGUCAACAACUUAUUCAAAUGAGUUUGAACCAUGUAUCGUUGACAAAUUUAAGCUUUACAAUGUCCUAAAAGUCGUUUGUGGUGGUUGUCAAACAAUUGUUCUCGCGAAAAAGAAAGAUCAUGAUCAAAAGAAAUCAUCGGAAAGUGAUGAAGAUUUUGGCAAUGCUACACUUUCAGUCACGCAACGUCCAAAGAGCCGAGCAAGAAGUGUUCGUAGUUCUAAAGCAUUGACAGAUCGAUCAUUGAUCGUAGGUGACUCUAUGGAUACUACAUUGACACCUGCGAGAUCUGCUGGUGCAUCGAAUCACCUGCGUGUUGAAUCGGACGAUGAUAAAUCAGAUAAAGAACUAUCGGCGUCAAUGAAAAGUGCGACAUUUAAUCAAACACAUACAAUUUCUAAUGGCAAAUUUCUACCAACACAGAGUCCAUCGUUAAAUCGCACGGCUGGACGCUCUAAUGAUGGUGAAUUAAAACCACUGAGAACAGGUGCCUUAGAUCGAACCGCUCGUCUCAAUAAAGAUGCGGAUGAUUUAGAUCGUACUACCACUCGUCUGGCGCCAUUGGAGAAAUCUCCCAUGCGCAACACACGAUUCGGUCGCUCAAGUCCCCAGACAUUGAAAAAAAUUCCCGAUUCUGACGAAGACAAGUCUUCAUCCGACGAAAAAUCUAAACAAGUAACGAAGAGAUCUGAACGAUCAUCACCACCAUUGAAACAUGAGCCGAAACAUACGCCAGCUGCACGCCGAAGAGACGACAGUGAAAGCGAUGACCAUAAACAGAAGAGCACCACUCCUCGUUCCAAAGUAGCUACGAGCGAAACAUUAACACGAAAAACACGUCCACCACCUGGGUCCGAAGAUGAAGAAUCGCAAGAAGAAGAAGAAGAAGAAGAAAGUGAAAACGAUCGCAAACGAGUAUCGAGCCGACAAGCAAAACAAGCACCACCACCAGCUGUACGCCGAAGUUCGUUACCAUCGACUCAUUCAGGAAAAGCAAAUACAUCAGCACGCAAUGGAAAUCAAACAAUCGGUUCCAGACCAAGCGAUAACGCGCGCGGUAGUUUUCAUUCACAGGCGAACAAAACAUUAGCGAAGCCCACAACAAGCAAUGCCAAUACAGAUGCAUCCACCAAAGAAACACCAGCUGCACAGCAACCAGGCUUCUUCAGUCGGCUGUUCGGAUCGAAACCCGCACCUCCACCGGCUCAGCCAACUCCAGCCAGAACGCCGGCAGCAGCGACACCAGCUUCAAGAACCUGUUCAGUUAUGUAA